CCUCCAGAAGGCGACCCGGGCGGAGAGGGAGGGCGGUCCGCUCGGGCUUCGGAGGACGGAGCUGGCCGGAGGGAAGAGAAAGGUGACAACCUGAUGCUGAAAAAUACAACCUGGCCAAGGUCACUUUGCAGAUCUCUGAAAAAAUAACAAGUGUACGAAGGCAAUUUGACCAGAGUUCAAUGGGAUUUGCAUCCAAGAGAGCAGAAGCAAAACUAAGUCUUUUAUAUCACUAGAUAUUAAAUUUUAAUGGCUUGGAGCAUUACGGCUCAUUUACAUAACUUUAUAAAUCUGAAUCAUCGCUUGCACAAAGUUUACAUUUGUCUGCGAAGAACCGGUUGCAGCUGGGAUUUUCCUUAAGGUCAUGAAACACUAGGCAAUGUGUCUUUGUGAUUGGAAUAAGUUUUAACAAGACGAUGCUGGAAUGCCCAUCAUUCUCAAAGACGGGGCUAUUUAAACUACACAAGAAGGACACCCUAAUGGCUACAUCCAGAAAUGUAAUACAAGCGAUCCAUUGCAUCAAAGUGGCUUUACCAUGGAGACUUCAGAUAAAAAGGCCUGCCAGUUUUAGCCAUGCCUGCUAUAAAAAUAUAUCGUCCGAUUUUGCUGCCAGAGCCCUUUCUGCAAAUGCAGUGGAACUUCUUGGCCAUACUUAUCUCUCAGAUAAUUACAGUAAUGUUACCACGAAAAUUAUUUCCAAGGUGGGGAAAAACUUACACAACCAAAGGAAUCAUCCUUUGUGGUUGAUUAAGGAACGUGUGAAAGACCACUUCUACAAGCAGUACUUGGUACGUUCCCGGAACCCACUGUUUUCCGUGUAUGAUGAUUUGUCUCCUGUGGUCACAGUAGAACAAAACUUUGAUAGACUGCUUAUUCCACAAGACCAUCCGAGCAGGAAGAAAGGGGAUAACUACUACUUAAAUAAUACUCACAUGCUGAGAGCUCAUACAUCUGCCCACCAAUGGGAUUUGAUACAUGCUGGACUUGAUGCAUUUUUGGUUGUGGGAGAUGUUUAUCGUCGUGAUCAAGUUGAUAGCACCCAUUAUCCAGUCUUCCAUCAAAUGGAAGGAGUCCGGCUCUUUUCCAGCCAUGAAUUGUUCAGCAACGUCAGUGAUAGAGAAAAUUGUGGCUUGUUUGAACAAGGACACCGUACAUCAGAUAAGCAAGAGUGGCAUACCAUGGAAGCAGCAAAACUUGUGGAAUACAAUUUGAAAACGGCACUCACAAAACUUGUGGCUCAUCUCUUUGGCGACGGACUCAAGAUUAGGUGGGUGGACUGCUAUUUUCCAUUUACUCACCCUUCCUUUGAGAUGGAGAUCAACUUUCAAGGAGAAUGGAUGGAGGUCUUGGGAUGUGGGGUCAUGGAGCAGCAGCUAGUUAACUCAGCUGGUGCUGAGAACAAAAUUGGUUGGGCAUUUGGUCUGGGCUUAGAACGGUUGGCCAUGAUCUUGUACGGGAUUCCUGACAUUCGCCUUUUCUGGAGCCAAGAUGAACGUUUCCUGAAACAAUUUAAUGUGUCUCACAUUGACCAGACCAUACACUUCCAGCCUUUCAGUAAAUAUCCUCCUGUAAUCAAUGACAUAUCUUUUUGGCUACCUUCUGAAAAGUAUUGUGAAAACGACUUCUAUGAUUUAGUCCGAUCUAUUGGAGGAGACAUGGUGGAAGAAGUCAAGCUCAUAGAUGUAUUCACACAUCCAAAGACACAGAGGGUCAGCCAUUGUUACAAGAUCACUUAUCGGCACUUGGAAAAGACCCUGACGCAGAAGGAAAUCACCAAUAUCCAUCAAGCCAUUCAGAAAUCGGUAGUACAGGAAUUUGGAGUGGAUGGAAGAUUUUGAUUUUUCAGUUUUGAAUUCUCUGGGUUACAUUUUUAAAAAAAAAAAAAAAAAUUCCUUAUUUCUGUUAAAACAAAUGUCCAUUAUGUGGAAACCUUUAUGUAAGACUAACACCAAUAAAUUACCUUGCUGGUUUGAAUACA